AUGGAAUUUCUUAUAAUAGUGAGUACUCUUCUCUUAUCUUACAUACUUAUCUCGGUUUUGGGGGUAGGCAAACCCAAGAACUUACCUCCAGGCCCAACACGGUUGCCGAUCAUAGGAAACCUCCACUUGCUGGGAGCGUUACCGCACCAGUCGCUAGCAAAACUAGCCAAAAUUCAUGGCCCGAUAAUGUCUUUACAACUCGGUCAGAUCACCACGCUCGUCAUAUCCUCAGCCACUGCCGCGGAAGAAGUACUCAAAAAGCAAGACCUUGCUUUCUCCGCGCGUAAUGUCCCUGACGCGGUGCGUGCCUAUAACCACGACCGACACUCCAUCUCAUUUCUCCAUGUGUGCACAGAGUGGCGCACCCUCAGAAGGAUCGUUAGUUCCAAUAUCUUCUCCAACAGCUCUCUUGAAGCCAAGCAGCACUUGAGGAGCAAGAAAGUUGAAGAGCUAAUAGCAUACUGCCGGAAAGCUGCUCUUUCGAAUGAAAAUGUGCACAUCGGUCGUGCUGCAUUUAGAACCUCGUUGAAUCUUUUAUCCAACACUAUUUUCUCCAAGGAUUUAACAGACCCGUAUGAGGAUUCAGGUAAAGAGUUUAGGGAGGUGAUUAGCAACAUUAUGGUGGACUCCGCAAAGACAAAUCUUGUUGACUUAUUUCCAGUGUUGAAGAAGAUUGAUCCACAAGGGAUCAAGAGAGGAAUGGCUCGUCACUUUUCCAAGGUUCUUGGGAUAUUUGAUCAGUUAAUUGAAGAGAGAAUGAGAACGGGCAGAUUCGAACAAGGUGAUGUAUUGGACGCGUGUUUGAAAAUGAUGCAAGAUAACCCAGACGAGUUCAAUCACACAAACAUAAAGGAUUUGUUUUUGGAUUUGUUUGUUGCUGGCACUGAUACAACCUCGAUUACAAUAGAAUGGGCAAUGACAGAACUACUACGCAACCCACACAUCAUGACUAAAGCUAAAGAGGAGCUUGAAAAAGUUAUUGGUAAAGGUAGUAUCGUAAAAGAGGAUGAUGUAUUGAGGCUACCCUACUUAUCAUGCAUAGUGAAAGAAGUCUUACGACUGCACCCGCCAUCCCCCUUACUUCUUCCACGAAAAGUUGUGACACAGGUGGAACUCAGUGGAUACACCAUCCCAGCGGGCACACAGGUGUUUGUGAAUGCAUGGGCCAUAGCAAGAGACCCAACCGUAUGGGAUGACUCACUAGAGUUCAAGCCACAACGAUUUUUGGAGUCUGGGCUUGAUGUCCGAGGCCAUGAUUUCGAUUUAAUCCCGUUUGGUGCUGGACGAAGAAAAUGCCCUGGUUUACCACUUGCAACACGUAUGGUCCCUAUCAUGUUGGGCUCAUUACUCAAUAAUUUCGACUGGAAAAUUGACACUAAGGUUCCAUAUGAUGUUUUGGACAUGACUGAGAAAAAUGGAACCACUAUAUCCAAGGCCAAACCUCUGUGUGUUGUUCCAAUACCAUUGAAUUAGCAUCCAUUCAUCUUGUUGAAUAUAACUCAAGCUAAAGACCAGCCGCUUGAAUGAAAUCCAUCAUUAUUUGAAUUGUGAUUAAACGAAUAAGGAGAGCCGUUGAUCAUGUCGCUGUUCGCUUCCCAGCUAAAC